GUGGUUCUGAUUUCAUAUUUGUUAAACGCAGGUACUUGAAAGAGGCCAUCUCUGCUGAAUGUUAUCUUGAACAUUUCUGUACAGAGAAGCCGGUUCCAGAAACUAAAAUGCUAGGGAGAAAGGAAUUUCUUCACUAAUGGAAAUUGGGGGGUGAACAAGAGAAGCCAAGUACAUCGCAAUUUUUAAAGGACUUCCAAGAAGGAGAGAGAAGCUUCAAGUUCUAAACCAAACUAAGACCGCAGUCCAUUAUAUUGGCUAUCUAGCUACCCCUUGAUCCUCUAGAAGUGUAUGGGCAUUCACCCCUUACAGAGCGUCGAAUAUAAUCCUUCACGAGUUGCUUCUAACUUUCCGUUUAGCUCAGUUCUGGUACUUCCGAGGUGGAGGCGCCAUGAUAUUGGGACAAGUAGAACAAAGGGCACAGGUGAAAGAUCCAUUUCAGUUUGUAAAGGACUUCCUGGAAGCAGAGAAGCUUCAAGUUCCAUUAUAUUGGUUACCUAGCCACCACUUAAUCCUCCGGAUGUGAAUGGACAUUCACCCCUUAUGAAGCGUCGAGUAGAAAAGGGGCUCGCUCCCCUGCCAAAAGCUUACAUAGCACCUGCCUUCUUAAAUUAAGUCAGACUAAAAUGUGCCCAGGAUGCUGAACCAGACACUAAUUGUGAAGGACUCAGACCAGUGAUGAGCUACAGGAAGUUGAAAAGAACUAAUCAAUGUACUGAAAGAAAUGAAAUGACAGACCAGGAACGUAUUCGGCUGUUCCACGACUCUCUACGAGCUCCUAACUUCACCAUGCUGAUAGAUCGUAAAAGUUACUCUAUCCGGGAUUACCUACCAUUGACGGCAUUGCGGUCCGGAUACAUGGUGAGCUAUGAAAUUGGUACACCACGCUUUGUUACCUAUUCUUUUAUGGAUAAUGGAAGUUUUUUAACCUGGCUGCAGUGCAAGCCAUGCAAACGAUGCUACAAACAAGAGAAACCUAUAUUUGAUCCGACGAGUUCCUUAACUUGUUCCAAGUUGCCGUGUCUUCACCUAGAGUGUUAUGACAAAAGAAUUAGUAAAUGUGAUGAUACCGACAAUACAUGUCCAUAUACAUACAGUUAUGCGGACGGCGGUUAUUCUACAGGCUAUCUAUCAACGGACACCAUAACUACCUACCGAGAAAAUGGAAGCAUUGCUCAAUAUCCUGAAUUUGUCUUUGGUUGUGGGAAUGAUAAUGUUUUCAAAGUAAAUGGGGCUGGGAUGUACCCUCCAGGCAUUUUUGGAUUGAAUAGACACGAAUUGUCCUUUGUUAGUCAAUUAGGAAUAGGAAAAUUCUCCUUCUGCUUGCCUCAGAGGAAAGGUUUACUUGGUCCAAGGCGAAACAACGCGGCCUUUCGCAGAAGCUAUAGCAAUUCUUUACGCUUUGGGAAGGCAGCAUUGGUCCAAGGUGUGAAGACUUCUAUGCAAAAGGUCCAAGAUUCUUAUAAAAAUCAUUAUUUCAUUGGUCUAGAAGGUAUCAGCUUCGAUUUUGAAAGGGUUUUCGAUUGGACAGGACCGCUCAUGCUGUUAGACACAGGCAAUUCGGAAAGUUCUUUACCGGCAUAUAUUUAUGACAAAUUGAUUGAUGUGAUGAGGAAAAGGAUUGAAGAAUUAUUUGUCCUUGAAACUGUUAAAGGAGAGCUGUGUGUGAAAGCAAGUAAAUGGAGUGAUCUUAAGGAACUCAUGCCUGCGUUAAUAUUUCAUAUUGCUGGGUUCGAUUAUAAGUUAUCUAUAGAGAAUACAUGGUUUUAUGAUCAUGAUGUUGAUUUGGAUGGGGUAUACUGCUUGGCUAUGCAGAGGGAUGAUCCUGGGGUAACUUUUGCGGUUCUUGGUGCCCACCAAAUGCAAAGUAUCAAUAUUGGGAUUAAUCUGGUUGACAGAGAAAUCUAUUUUGAUACCACAAUCGACUGCAACAGCGACUAGCACCUAACAAUUUAGGGUAUAUUUUCUUGUUCUGGAUUUCAGUACUCAUUUUCAGUACUGAAAUCUACAUUUUCAGUACUCAUGCAUGCAUGGUACCAAAUAUAUUUUCAGUACCAAAUAUAAAAUCUACAAUUUCAGUACUCAUGCAUGCAUGGUUACAAAGUUAAACUGUCAAUUGUUUCAGGCAGGAUUAUUUAAAUGCGUGCUUCCAACUCUAACAUCUGCUAU